GGGGCUGCAGGAGGCAGGGAUGCAGGAGCCGGGGCUGCAGGAGGCAGGGAUGCAGGAGGCAGCGCCACGCCCCGGCUGAGCGCUGAAAAGGAGCCCGCGAUGCCCCGAGCCUGCCCAGCACACCCGAGCCACAGGUGGUUCCUGUGCCUUUCCAGAAAUGCCUGCUCUGCUGCCAGGGCUGGGAUUCCUCCUCCUGCUGGGGUGGCAGGGAGCUGCUGCUGGGACACAGCUGUGCUCCAGCUCCCCUGCCAAUGACUCUGCUGUGUGUGCCUCAGUGCAGAGCACUGUGGCGUCCUCCCUGCUGAGGAAUGUGGAGGAUUUGUCCCCAGCAGAGCUGGCAGCUUUGGGCCAGGCUGCCCUGGGGCUCUCAGUGUCCCAAAUCCAGAGCAGCAUCCCUGAGGAGAGCCUGGCAGCCGCUCUGCCUGCCCUGGCCAGCGUCCGUGGCUGGAGCCCUGAGCAGUCCAGAGCCAUUGUCAACAAACUGCUGAGCUCUGGCUACCAGCUCGUGGAUGGGCAGAGCCUGGCAGAGCUGGGCACUUUGGUGGCUGGCCUGAACUGCAGCACACUGCGCAGGGUGGCCCCUGAGGCUGUCCUGGAGGCCAUCCAGCUGCCAGCCUUUGCCCAGCACAUUGACCCUCUGCCCCCUGCUCUGAAAACCAUCCUGGUGGAAAAGGUUUCCUCCAGGGUUGGCCGCCCCUCUGAGCUGGUCAGACUCAUCCCCAGCGCUCUGGCCAGCCACAUCCCCAAAGCCCUGCUUGUUUUUGGGGAAGAGAAGCCAAACCUGCAGGAUCUCAACAGCAAACCGUGGAGCAGAGAGCAGGCUGCAAUGUUCUUUGCUGAUGUGGUGAAGGCAGAGCCUGACUUCAGCAGGCUGUCCCAGUCUGUCCUGCAGGGUUUCACCUGUGCAGCUGCCAGCGCUGUGGGAGCUGAGAGGUUCCAGGAGCUGGCCAAGGAGAUGAGGAAAAAGAACGUCAGGCUGGGCCAGGAGCAGCUGAGCUGCCUGCUGAGGAUGGUGACACUGCACGGGAUCCCCCAGGAUUGGGAUGAUUAUCCCCAGGAGCUGCUGCUGUUCCUGAGCCCCUCGCAGUACCCAGGGAGCUGCAGGCAGUUCUUCACCCGGCUGGGGAAGGCAGAGCCGGAGCUGCUGCCCAGAGCGGCCCCGCGCAGGCACAGGCUGCUGCUGGAGGCACUGCAGUGUCUGAAAGUUCCUGGCACACAGAUUAAGGAGGAGGACGCCGAGGUUCUGGGCUGGCUGGUGUGUGAGCUGGGGGGGCAGCACAUCAGGAGCUCUGGGGGCAGCCUGCUGAGGGCUCUGAGCCGCUGUGGAUCCUUCCUGCCCGAGCAAGGAGAGGCCAUCAGGGACAUCCUGAGCAGUGGCAACACCACCUUUGGGCCUCCUGCAGCGUGGUCAGCCUUCACCCUGAGCGAGCUCAGUGGGCUGAUCCCUGUGCUGGAUCACAGCAUCCUGCAGCACAUCCCCAAGAAAGCUUUAACCACCUGGCUGAGGAACUUUUCCAGGGAUUCCCCUGUGUCCAGGGAGGAGCUGGGCACCAUCAUCAGGGAGCUGCUGCCCCGCAGGCACAAACGGGAGAAUGGCUGCCCAGCGGAUAAGGAGAUCACAGAGAAAGUUCUGGACGAUGACCUGAUGCCCACGUUCUACACCCCCGAGGAGCUGCGCGCCUGCCUGCGCAACGCCUCCCUGGAGAGCCACUUCUCCAAGAUCUUCAGCUACCCCUUCAGCAUCCCCCAGCUGCAAGUGCUCAAGGACUACCUGGACCAGACGUACCCCGAGGGUUAUCCCGAAAUUCUGCUGCCCAACCUGGGGGAUCUCCUUGACCUGGUCACCCCAGAGAACAUUUCCAGCUGGAGGCUGAACUCAGCCGACGCCUUGGCCGCCUUCCUGAGCAAUGAAAAACUCUCCAACGCCCAGGCCUUAGCAGCAAUUAAACGUUACCUGGAGCUGGGCAAUGCCCUGAAUGCCACGGCCCUGAACGCCCUGGGCACCAGGUUCUUGUGCCAGCUCAACGCCACCGACCUGCAAACCAUCGACCCCCAAAGCCUCAGGCUGGUGUCACUGAAUCCUUCAGCCUGCUCACAGGAGACGAAGAACAUCUUGUACCCAAAAGCCAAAAAAGCUUUUUCUGACCAGCAGCAUUCACCUGCUUACUAUGAGCUGAUUUUACCUUACCUGGAGGGGGCUCCUGGUGCAGAUCUCAAGGCUCUCAGCAGGGACAACGUGAACAUGAACGUGAGCACGUUUGUGACUUUGAGGAGAGACGCUCUGAUGCUCCUGACACCCCGUGAGGUCCAGGGGCUGCUGGGGCUGAACCUCCCUGAGCUGGCCCAGUGGCAAUUCAGGGCUCCAGUGCAGGACUGGAUCCGGCUGCAGAAGCAAUCAGAGCUGGACAAACUCGAAAUUGGGCUCACAGGGGGCACACAGGAGGGCUACAUCAACCUCGUCACCCCCAAAUUCCCAGCACCAUCCUCAGCCCCUGUGGGGACCGUGGCCAUGGCCCUGCACCUCCUGCCUGCCCUGCUGCUCAGUGUCCUCAUGCUGUCCAGCUUGUCUUGAGCCACCAGAACCAAGGGGGACCAGGCUGGGACCUGCUCUGAGUCCUGGCUUGAGGAGUGCCCAGAGCUCCAGGCAGCUGGGAUCAGCCCAGGAAUCACUUUUGGGUACUUUUGGCUUUCAAAUCACUUGGGAAAAAAAGAAAAAAUCCGCAGUUGUGUGUGAAAAGAAGAUUCCAGUCUCUCUGGAGCAGGAUCUUUGCCUUUGGGACAGCCCAAGCCCAGCUCAGCCCCAAACCACUGCUAAACCCCAUCUUACUGCUGGGUUUAAGGAUGAGUUCUGUGGGUUAAAAAUGACAUUUCUCAGAGCCUGACCUCGUGACACUGCCAAGACCUCAGGGUGGGAGUGAAGUUUUCCAGCUGCUUGUAAAUAAAUCCUGGAAGUGAGUAAAAAAUGCCAGAAGCAAACUGAUGAGUGUCUGCUCUUCCUUGAGGCUGCCCUCACCUUUCUGUAUACAAGAAUUCCCCAAAUUCAUUGCUCAGAACCCCAGGAUCUGCCCAUUCCUGUUCCUUGGGUUUGGCUGCUCAACAUUCAGGAGCUGAGAACUGGGAGAAAUCCAGUGUAAAGGAACUUUGCACAAGGUUUUCCAUUUUUUUUUCCCCACUCACUGGAAAUAUCUGUCAGAAAAAAAACCCUCAGUGAAACCUGUAUCCAGCUCCUGGCACCCCCCUUUCCUCCAGGAGGAGUCUGGCAGGGAAAAGGGAUUUAUGUAUUUUAUAUCUCAUAAAUCUUCAUUGUCUGAGCUUUGUAGAGAGCAGGUCUGUCCUUCACUGCAGAUUUUGGAUUUAUGCUGGAAAAGCUUCCCCACAAAGCAUUAAAAACCUCAAAGAACACUUUGGGUUAGGAAAAACCAGCUGAUUGAUGUUUUAUUGCACAGCACUGAACAGUAAUCAAGAUAAAUUAUCUCCAGCUAAUCAUCCUGUGAGUCUGUGUGUGUGGUUUGGACAAACCUUGAUCAAAAAGUGAAGAAAAGUGAAAUAGGAUUUUUGAGGAUGUGUGACUCAAAUCCCUGAGUUUUCCCAGAUGGGAGGGAAAGGAAUCCCUGGAAGAGUUUGGCAGAGCACUCAGCAUCACUGCUGCUGGUACUACAGGGAGUAAAUCACGAGUAGGGCGCUUCUGGGCUCCAAAAAUCUCCCCUCCAUCCCUGCCCAGCCUCGGAAAGAACCAAAUCCUGUGCUGGCAUCACACGCGGAGGAAUUCCCCUCCCUGCCCUGGUCUGGGGUGGAGGGAGGGCAGUGCAGGGGCUGGGAUGGCUCA